AUGCCAGUCCCCCGAACACGCCAACGUUUUAUCGACUACGGAGUCGAGGCUCGUCAGAGUGCCAACCCCGCAACGGUCAAAAGCAUCGCCACGAGAGAGUGUGGGAGAGGGUGGGCCGCUCUGACAGCCAAUCAAAAGGCACAAUUCAUCGAGGAACUGAAUGCCUUGUUAGAAGCCGUUACUGCAGCCGAAGAGCAGCAACUCGAUGCAGAGGCUGCAGGAGAUGCAGCGGAUGCAGCGCGCAAUGGCGAUGAAACGCCUUUUGUGCGCUUCAUUGCGCUGUCGGAGAUUGCAGCAACGGACUACCAAAGAACAAAAGGAGCAUGGGAUACCGCCAUAGAAUGCCACAACACGUUCAUUCAGAACUCGGUCCCGCACUACGUCAACGCAGAUGUGGUCACCUACGCCAAUCAACGUUUAGCGGAUGACAAUCAGACAAGAAUCGGCAUCGGAAGGCCGUUUGCGCGGCACCGCCAGAACUCGAGAGUCCCUCCUGACCUUCCCGGGGGACGUCCAGAUGGGUUUUACAAGAUGCGAGAGGCAUGGGCAGACUCUGUCAGCAGCCGCGACGUGAAGAAACGACGUAGGCGGCGGCAAUUCAGGAACGGCGCGUCGCUUGCAGCUCGCCAUUUUGGGGGCACUUGGCGAGGCGCCUGGAUUCUUGAUGGCGGAGCCCAAUCCUACGGAGGACGCUUCGUGCAAGUCAAUCAACACAACACGGUCGUCGAUCGCGUGGUGGAGAAGACCACAUACCAAUCUCAAAACGACUGGGCGAGCAUGGUGCGUUUCGUCAACGACCCUGUCAUGGGCCGUGAGCCUAGCGAGGCUCACUGUCAUCGAGUCCUCAGCCAGAUUACAUCACCGCUUGGUCCUGGGAAUUGGUUGAACGUACCUAGGAUACGGACACCUGCAGAAGUGAACGACAGGUAUCGGUAUUAUCGAUUGUCAAUGGAGUAUUGCCCACACGGAGACCUCUGGGACUUCUGCCAGAACUACGAAGACUAUCUACCAGAACCCUUUCUGUGGCGCGUCUUCCACGCUCUGGCACAGGUUGCCAUCGCCAUGAAAAUCGGCUUGUACCACCCGACAGCGGCGUUGGCCCACCCUGGUAUGGGCCCUUGGGAUGAAGUCGUCCACCUCGAUCUCAAACCUGGAAACAUCUUCCUCGCAGCGCCGUCAGAUCAUUUCUUCCCGGCAUACCCGACUCCCCUGGUGGGAGACUUCGGCUCUGCGAUCCGAACAACGCCGACCGAUCCGCUGAAUCCCAACAUCUACCUCCACUCGGUGCAGACGAGGGGCUUCGUGGCGCCGGAGCAGAAUUCCUACGUCGAUGCCGACACCCUGGAGCCUGUGGACGAUGAGAGAAUCUUGGCGCACACCAACAUCUACGGCAUCGGAGCGCUCAUGUACAGCAUCAUUACUAUGAACCAGCCGCGACAGCCUGAAUUUCUCGGCACCGGUGAGCGUGACCUUUUGAACAUCUGGGCGGAUGCGCCAGAUUUUGAGUACAGCUGGGAGCUACUGUAUCUCGUCCACUGGUGCCUGCGAUUCAAGCCUGCAGACCGCCCGAGUCCCGAGAAUCUGUUCGAUUGUAUUACGACGGCGAUUGACUGGGCCCCGACGAUCAACGACCCUUAUCCUCGCAAUCUCGCCCAGAGGAUGGAGGUGCUGCAUCCGGCUAAUCUUGCAGAUGGAGAUCCUCGGGAAUUGACCUAUAUGCCGGUAGACGAGUACGCCGUAGGACUCGCAGCGACCGCAUUGCCGCCGAUGCCUGCUUGA